AUGAUCGAUGGAAAGGAAAUGACAGAAAACACGCUGAGUGGUCCCAAUUUUAUCGCAAUAAGAGUGAGAAAAGACAAUCUUAUGUAUCUGUUUUUUGAUAAAGAUGCUGCAUUCUCGGUGGAUUCAUUUGCGCCUCGCACAAUAUUGCAUGCUCUUUCAUGUGAAUUUACAAGAAAUUACUACCUUGAAAGUGAGAUACUGCAAUUGAAAAAGACUAGAAACAAUAGGAAACUGGCGUAUGCACUGACAACGCAUCGUCAUAGAGACCAUUCAGGAGGAAAUGAAGAGUUAAAAAGACUUUCUCCUGAUACUGUUUUCAUCGACUAUGGCAAUAGGCAAGAGAUUUCACUACCAUCAUUCACUGUAAAGCCUGUUCACACACCAUGUCACACUUCA